UGUCCGUACCCCGCGCCCGCUUGUUGCCGCUCACUCGAAAUAGAUGCACGGUGAUUUACGCCUCAGGCGUAUGAGUAAAUAUGUUGCUUGCCUGCCUGCCUUGGCAUGUCCGCCCGCCCCCGCGUACCGCGAGCCGAACCGAUACACGCCUCGCGAGCGACGACGUCGCGCUUGAAAUUUGAAUGUUUUGCGCGCGAGUAAUCACGACCUACCACGUCUCGAAGAGAAUGCAUGCGUGGGGGGUUAUGACGUAUACAUAUAUUUUCAACGAACACAGAAACUGGCAAGGUGAAUUUAACUCACAUUAAACAUUGUCAACUGCAGAUGUAUAAACGUCGCGUAAAAGAUGCCGCUCACACAAGAAAAACGCUUGGAUAAUAACUUUUCCAACAACAAUGACCAUAGUUAUCUUCAUAAAAAGUUUAAAAAAAUGGCAUCCACAUUAUCGAUGAUACCAUCAAAUUCCAUUAAAGGGGAAGAAAAAGGACAAAAGGAAACAACACUUGUAAACGUUACUUGUAGUUCUACUAUCACAAAUGGAAGUAUUGCAGCAGCUCAUCCAGAAAUAGAAAAAAUUAAAGAAAAGUAUGAUAAACAUGGCAUAGAAGUGGAAAAAAAUGUACAAACUAAUUAUAACGAUGAAAAUAUUAGAUUAAGUGAUGUAAAUAAUUUUGUUCAAAUAUCUGGUAAAACCAGUUUUUCUGAAGAAUUUUUAAAUAAGACUGAAAACCUUGAAAAUGAUUUUAUAAAAGAAACUUACAGUGGAGGUUCUGGACGUUAUGUAUGCCCUUAUUGUAAAUUAUCAUGUGCCAAGCCUUCAGUUCUACAAAAACAUAUCAGAGCUCAUACAAAUGAGAGACCUUAUCCCUGUAUACCUUGCGGAUUUGCUUUUAAGACUAAGUCAAAUUUGUACAAACACCGAAGGUCUAGAACUCAUGCUUUAAGAUUACAAGGUGCGGAUAUUACUGCAGCUAUUAAUGAAGAAGACUUAUCAGGUGGUUCGGAGAGUGAUACCUCAAUGCCACCCGCUUCAGUAUCUGAUCCUGGUUUCGAUACUAAUAUAACACGGUUAGAAUUCAACAGACCCAGCGAAUUUUCUUCUCCUGAAUUGAUAAAUGAUUGUGUUCCAUUGAAUACGAUUUCGUGUUCAAAUGAUAACAAAAAGUCAAAAACAAUUUAUAAACCUAAGUUUAGAGCAGCUUUUUAUCAAGGAAAUGAUGAACGAGAUAAGAUAAAAAAGACUAUUUCACAGAAUGCUGAUUUUCUUACGGAACAUAUCUCUAAAAUUAUAUCAGACAAUGAGGCCAUAGUUGAUGUUAUUGAAAGUCCUUUACAAAAAAAGUAUGGUAAAAUAAAGCAAAUUGCUGAGAGUAAACAAUUUAUAAAUGAUAUAGAGAUAAAACCAGAGGUAACAUCAACACCUUUGAAUUUAACGAAAAAUACUAAUGAAACUGAAAACGUAGUAAGGAAAAGAUCACACUCAGAAAGUUUUGCUCAACUGGUUGAGGAGCAAAAACAUCCUUUAAAUCCGGAAGGAUCCAUAAUAAAAGAUCUUUUGCUUAAAACAAAAGCAAAUGGGUUGAACGCUGUGAGUGAUUUAAUUGAUGGUCUAGGACCUCUUUAUGUGUGCCCCUUAUGUCAAAUAGUAUAUCGAAGUGCUGACAAUUUAGAUAUUCAUCGAUUGUAUUAUUGUAAGGGAUCUAUUUCAAAUAGCUUUACCCUAAAUAGUAACACUCAAAAAGACAUAAAAUGUGCCAGGCCUGAAAAUAUUUUUGUUAGAAGUAAUUCCAUCAAUGUUCGAUUGCCAGAAAAUCCAGUGACUCCAGUUUCUAGAAUGACUAUAUCAUCAAAAUCACCUCCAUUAAAAAAUAAACCCGAUAAUCUUAUAAUUUUAAAGCCAGAGUGCAACGAUAUUAUUACUCCAUUGCCAUCUCCAGGGCCACUUCUCGGUAAUACAAGACUAGUAGAUACACGAAUACCCUCAGAAUUUACCAGGAAGACUGAAACUUUAAAACUGAAACCCAAAGAAUCUAGCCCAAAACGAAGGCUCGAUAGCAGAUCAGACACUUAUAGUCCAAGACCACUCGAUAGUAUGUCACCUCGUUCCAGUGACUUGUAUACUCAAUCAAAAAUAAGAUGUUUGGAAAUAAAUCCAUCUUCUUUAAGGUCAAUCGAAGAAAUUUCACCUCAUGUACGAAAUAAUUCUACUUCUUUACAAAUGUUUGGAGGAGAAGUAAAGAUUGUUGAUCACUCAGGCAGCACAACCACUUUACGCAUUGAACCAAGUAAAACGCAAUUGUCUCCAAUUUUAAUACAUCAAAAUCUUUCUCCUUCAAAGUUUUCUAAUGAUUCGGAGGCAAGCAGUGUCGUUGUCAGAUCGGGUCUACACUCUGGUGGCACGAUAGUACAUAAUCCCCCAACACCAAAAGAAGCAAUUAGUACACCUCAAAGCCAAACCCCAAGAAUUUCUGUUUCCACAUCUAGUGCUCCAAAUGGCAGUUUAAUUAACAUUCAUGAUAUGAACCAUUUCCAGUUUCCACCACUUAGUGCCAUUACAGCGUAUAAUCCUUUAACUUUGCCUCCUUUGAGCCCCUCGUCUUCACCAAAUGGAGCAACUACUAUAUUACACGGCGGGAAGUUAAUACCCCAUGUGCCAGGGAUACCUGGGCCUAAUACACCAGGAAUAUUUGUUGCAAAUUCAGGUGCGCAAUUAAAGAAUAACGAACAAUCUAAAAAUGUAUUGAAAACACCGGAAAACUCACAAGAUAAUUUAUCUUUCAACAUGCCCAUCGGAAAAGGAAUAACUAUAUUAAAUUAUGAGAGGGUUCUCAGAAGUCCAACUGUGAGAUCUUCUCAGUUAGAAACAGAAAGAUUUAAUCAGAGCAAAGAUAGCUUUAAUUCCGAACCACAAAACGUACCAAUAAUAAAAAUUAAGCACGUAGAUGAACCUAUAAUGAUAAAAUCGUUUUCAUUGAAUAAUAGACCUACUGCGGUACGAACUGAUGCAGCUAUUAAAAGAAACGCAGAUGGUCUUCUGAAACUUGCAAAUUUAAAAGACAAUGAUAAUUGUUUUUUAAAUAAAUCUAAAAAUAGUUCUAAAGAUAUCGAACUCAAAACGGAGGCCGAAACAAAGAACUUCAAUUUCGAAAACUUAAUAACCAAAGCAGAAAUUUAUAAUAAUCAAAUUCAAAGUUCAGAGGUGCAAAAAAGUUGUAAUGUUCAAGAAACUUCUGUAACUCCUGAUCAAAAUGAAAGAUCAGAAACAUCUUACUUUCAAAAAAACGUAACUGUGAAAUCUAUUUCUGAAGAAAGAAAGCCUAAAUUUUUAAGACCGUCAACUUUGCCUUUAAAACCUGGAACAUUUACCCCGAAACGGCAUCACGGAAUAACACCUAAUGCAAACACAAUGCCAUUAGUAUCUCCCGAAACCCCUCGUCCAGCUAAAGCUUAUGGACAACUUUAUUUAAAUGGAAACGCAUACACAUACUUAGGUCUCAAAUGCUCAACAAAAGUUUUCUACUGCACUAUUAAUCGUCCACAACCAACAUAUGUGCCGAAUCAACAUUUUCUGUCCAUGUAUAGUAACUGGCAGUUAUUAUCUGAGCUGACGCCAGACCCGCUGGGACUGUCAGCAUCGUCUGCUAUGUCUUUAUAUGACUCACGUCACCGACCGCAAACCGUGGCCGUCGCUGUGAUUAAACAGGAUCUCAUAUUGACUCAUUCAUCGCAAUGGAAUAAAAAUUUGAAGGACAUUAAGCAGACAGUACAACUUGUAGACACGAAAAAAUCAGAUGAAUCAAAAAAUAUUUCGGAGAAUACUUCUACACCUAAAAAGGAACUAGCCGGAGGAUUUGAGAGUAACGAAGAAUACACUUACGUACGCGGUCGUGGCAGAGGUCGAUACGUCUGUUCAGAAUGUGGAAUUCGUUGCAAGAAACCUUCUAUGUUGAAGAAACAUAUACGAACGCACACUGAUGUGCGCCCCUUCACAUGCGUUCAUUGUGUAUUCAGUUUUAAAACUAAAGGCAAUUUGACAAAACACAUGAAGAGCAAGGCACAUUACAAAAAAUGUUGUGAACUAGGCAUCAAUCCUAAUGAAGGAAACGACAUUGAAGGUGUCGAAAUGUCUCAAGGUUCGGGCGAAACUGAUGAUGACACUGAAUCAGAUGGCGAUGAGGGUAACGAAGGCGAAACGGAAUCAAGUGAUACGGAAAUUUAUAAGUCUCGUUUACCAGAACACGAGGCUGCUCACUGUCUUUUGUCUCUGGGCAGUAGUAGGCCAGCGACUUCGGCAACACCUGGCCUAAUUACUAGUGCUAGGCCAUCAACAUAUCCUUAUACUCCUAUAAUGGUAGAUAGUCCCAUGAUUGAAAACAUUUCUGAAAAAUUACCAGUUGUUGGAACACCUAUGUUUGAUUCAAGAAUGGAUGUGGAUAAUGAGCCUAUGGAUCUAAGUAAAAGUGAAGUAAAAACACCAACAAACAUGCCUGAAAUACCAACUGCAAGAGAAUCCAGUGUUUUAGCUUCAUUGGCUUCAAACACAGCUAAACUACCUCAACAACAAAGUCAAUGGACUAAUGGAGAACCAAUGCUACAUACUUAUUUAACUGAACGAGCUUUAUUGGAUUCUAAGAUUAAGCAAAGCCAAUUAACAUGUAAUGCUAAAAUAAAGAAAAUAGAGCUCGAGAAUCACAUGUUUUCAGAAAAAGAACCUGCAGAUAAAAACCAUAAAAGUCUUAAUACAUUUAAUACUUCUUCAAAUGCUAAUUUAAAUAUGACAAAUAGUAAAGAAUCGCCAACUUCUGGUGUUCAGUUAAAAAAUAGUAUUAGUUCUAGUGACAAUGUUCAAAACAUAGCUUCCAUUAAUACUGAAUCUAGAUCUCGAACACCUAGUACUAAUUCUGAAAAUGCUAAACAUGUUGUAUCAGAAUAUUUAAAACAUGCCCGAAUAAAUAUGAUAAAAACUCUCGAUGAUUCGAUUCAAACACAUCCAGAUAUAUCAAGUGACGAAAGUAAUAGUGGUAAAGGAAGUAUAGAAGAUAAAUGUAAGGUAGAUGACAGUAUAGAAGGAGAUGGAAUAAAACUAGCUCCUUCAGAAUAUGAUUCUGUGGCAUCAAAAGUAGUCAUUGGAGUUGGAGGAGUCGCUUUUAAAGUUACAAAAGGAAAAGAUUUUGAAGGCACGUCUUCUUACUCUCCGGGUAAACUAAUGGAGGAUGGGCGGAGAGUUUGCGAUUUUUGCAACAAAACGUUUACAAAACCAUCCCAAUUACGUUUACAUCUUAAUAUACAUUACAUGGAAAGACCGUUUAGGUGUAGUGUGUGUGCUGUCAGUUUUAGAACUAGGGGUCAUCUUCAGAAGCAUGAGCGAUCGGGUUCUCAUCACAAUAAAGUUUCAAUGACUUCGACAUUCGGAGCAGCUACAUCGUUUAAUCCACGUCCAUUUCGCUGUUCCGAUUGCAAUAUAGCUUUUCGGAUACAUGGACAUUUAGCGAAGCAUCUUAGGAGCAAGAUGCACGUUAUGAGACUCGAGUGUUUGUUCAAAUUACCUUUCGGUACUUUCACUGAGAUCGAACGUGCUGGUCUCAGUUUAACAGAUAUCGACACGACUGAUUGUGCGAGUUCACUAGCCAGCUUACAGUCGUUGGCGCGGAAGUUACACGAAAAGGAUCCCACGAAGCUUGAGUAUCGGGAGCCGAACGGUUCAGCAGGAGCGCCCUCGACGGGCAGGGACUCUUCCGAAGACGAGGAUACUGUAGUAUCGGAAAAAGCGUGUGACAAUGUGCGAGAUAGUGAGAUAAAAACUAUUGAAAAUAGUGACGGUCAGGACGCAUCAACACGAGUUAAUUAUAGUGCCACAGAUAAUUAGUGCCAAAAUUAAACUAAGUAGAAUAUUUUAUGUGCAAUUUUGUUUUUAUUUUUAAUUUAAGAUAUAAUUAUUCAUACUGGGGUUUAACCCAGAAGUUUGUGAAAACAAAAUGAUGCGCUUUAAUUAUAUACAUAUGUGUAUUUUAUGUUAUAUAUAUAGUUUUGGAGAGUAUCAUGUAAAUAUCUCAAAUUGGAGUAAUUUUAAUAAUGUUAUGUUUGCUUCCAGUAUAAGGCUUACAUAUUGUUACUUAUAGCUCUAUAUGGGGUAAAAUGAGGAUAUUUGUUUAAAAAAAAUCUUGAAGCAAGGAACAGGUUAUGACUUUCAUUCAAGUAUUUCAAAAAUUUUAGUAAUGUGGUCCAUUUGAGGUAAACUAUGCUUAAAAUAUCAAUGAAACAUAUUACAUUUUAAAAAGUGUAGUACUAUAGUUAUUACUCUUUUGUAUGUAUUUUUAUAAAAUAUAUACCUGUAUUUACACUGCAACAACUACUUCCAAAAUCCAUUAAAUAUUUUUUAAUGUAAUUGGCAUAUCAACUUCCAUAAACGAAAUUUAGGUAAAAAUAUUUGAAGAGUCUUCCAUAUCGAAAAAAUAGUACUUGUGCUAGAUAUUUGAUUUAUACUAGUUACUCUUCAUGUGGGUAAAUAUUUGACUUGUAUGUAAUUUUUAUCGAUACUUAUAAUUCCAUUAAAAUUUGUUAGUUCGCCCAUUGUGUGAUUUAGUUAUUCAACAGAAUCUAGGCAUAGAAACUAAAAUCUCGCAAGAAAACUAUAUCAGCGAUGUUAUAAGAGUGAUGUAUAAAUAUAUACACAAAAUAAUAUUGUUUAAAUUUACUGUUGUGGUCUAAUUUUCUAUGCCAAAAAUAUUAAUUUAUCAAAAAAAAAAAGACGUUUGUUGGCCUAGAGUUGUGUUGUUAGGUACUUUUUUUACCUAAACACUAGAUGUAAUGAACAUAUAGAUAAUACGGAUAAAAUAUUUUUAUAAUAGUAUUUGUUGUUAAUCCUAUAUAGUAAUGAUUUUAAAAUGUUUUUGUUACACUUAUUGAACAGUCACAUUAUACAAUGAUAAUGUAUGUGUAUACGUAUAAUUAGUACUAUCUAUCGUCGGUGAAAGUGCAAAUCCGCGUAUCUGCUACAGGCAGGGAGCGCGUAUCUGCAGUAAAUGUAAUUUUACAGGGGAAGGUUAAAACUUAAUAAGUUUUUUAUUUAAACGAACUUUGAGCUCAUUUUUACACAGACUGUAAUUAUUUAUGUGUUCUGUCUCUUGUUAGGAAAAGUAUUCCAUUAAAGUAAAUAAUUUAGGCCCUACGACAAUUACGCGGAUUUGAUUUGACUAUAAGCUUAUAACAUUGGAACCUAAGAGUAAGUUACGCGGUUUUGAAAUGAAACAAAACAAAACUAACUAAAAAAUUUAAUUCCUCUACGUUUUCCGAUCUUUGCCCAAUAGCCAUUCUCCCUUUCCUGUCCAAAGUUUUAAAGUGUCUUGUCAUAGUACGGCUACGGCCCUUGUAAAAAUGUGAACUUCAAAUUUAUUCUUACGCUAAACUGACAGAUUUACCUACAUCAAUAAACAAUUUAAAAAAUGACUUGAAGAACUUAUAUAGAUGGAGUAACUCUUACGGAUUAAACAUUAAUCCCUCAAAAUGUCAAGUCAUUAUUAUCGGUAGUCUUAAACUUGUUGUGUUGAAUAGACUGGUCGCUUAUAUCACCAGUCGUUUAUAACAACACCGUAAUCAGUUACAACGGCAAAGUGAAAAAUCUUGGAGUUAUCUUCAAUAGACAUUAUCCUUGGGCAUUUCAGCGGAGCGACAUGAGCCGUAAACUAUUUGCAGCUAUCGGAUCACUGCGACAAGUGCAAUAUUUCCUCCUUUUGUCUCCCAAAAUUACUUUAGCACAGUCACUCCUACCAAUUCUUGACUAUGCUGACACUUGCUAUCUUGAUCUUAAAGAGGUGCAAUUAAAUAAGCUUGAGCGUCUUCACAAUUUUUGCAUACGGUUCAUAUUUGGUCUUCGCGAAAAUGACUAUGUUUCCGAAUUUUACAAUCGUCUCAAGUGGCUCCCGAUUCGCUUUCGCAGGAAUACUCACACUCUUGUUACUAUAUUGUAUACCUUUUCAUUCUGAUACACCUGUACCUUAAGUAGCGUUCUUUGUAAUACGCAUGACUGCACCCUUAGAUCCGAGUCUACUUUGAUGCUCGAAACCCCAGCCCACGCUACUUCUUUUUAUUCCCAACUCUUUUUCAGUUAAAGCUAAAAUAAGCUUGUUUUGCUUCAAAAAAAUAAUUGUUUUGCUUCAUAAUAAUACUACUCUCUCUGUCUUUUUUGUCGCCUCUCCAACAUAGAUACGGUAUAGUUCACGUUUAGAUUGUAUUAUUGGCUCUAAAUAUAAUUUCGUACUUUCUUUUCUGCAGUAGUGAGAAGGCAUUAUGGGCAUAUCCCUUAAAAAUGUACAGAGUUUUAUAGCAAAAAUAAACCACAAACGCGCUUUCGCGCAGUGUCGACCCUUGCUGGCCGAAGAUACGCGGUAUUGUUAUUAGUCGAUUUCUGGCUUCCUAUCGGUCGAAAUAAAGUCACAUCAAAUUGGUGGCAGUCAAUCAAGAUUUUGCGUUAAUUGCUCGCGAAAACUUAAAUUGGCUGGCUACAUUUGUCAGAUACGCGGAAUUAACCAAUGCUAGUUCCGCGGUUUUGCACUAUACCCGACGCCAUGUCAAAUACCUAAAAUUAAAAUAAUAAACUUGGUAAGUUUUUAAA